UGAUGUCAAACUUUUUAAAAGUUUUAAAUUAAUAAAUUUUUAAUUUAACAAUGAAUUUCGUGGACGAUACGCGAAAAAUUCAACGUGCGCUUCUGGACGAAGCUCUCACAAAGGGAAUUCAACGCAAUGAAGAACAAUGUAAAAUAUGGAUAGCCUACAAAAAAAGUCAUCAAAAAGUUGUAAAGACAUUACAAAUUUUUCAAAAAGAUUUAUUUAUAAAUUGUAUGAUCCCUAUUGGAAAACGAGCUUUAAUGAAAGGAAGAUUAAUUCAUACUAAUGAAAUACUUGCUUCUUUGGGUGAUGGAUAUUUUGCAAAAUAUAGUGCCUCAGGUGCUGUAGCUCUUUGUGAAAGAAGAAUACAAAGAGCCGAAGAAAUGUUAAAUAAUUUAAAUGCAGAAAGAGAUUUAUAUGAAACAAGAAUGAUGAUGUCAGAAAGUAAUCUUUUUGAAGAUUUUGCUGGUGGAGAAAUUAUAGAACAUUGGAAUGAAAAUCAAAUUACAGAAUGGAAAAAAAAGCAUAGAGAAAGAGAAAGGGAGUAUCAUCAGAAAUUAGUUAAAUUGAAACAGGAAAAAAGAAAAAAGAUAGAGACAGAAGAAGAUCUAUUUAACAGACUUGAUCAACUUGAAAUUGAAGAAGAAUUAGCAGAUGAAUUAAAUAGAUUAGAAGAUUAUGAACAUUUUGGAAAAGAAUUACAAGAUGGAGAAUGUUAUUAUGAAUCGGAAAGUUCUUCUGAGAGUGAAAAAGAAGAAAGCUUUAAAAAAGAAGAAAAACAAGUUCUGGAUUCUGAUACAAAAAUAUCCAAAGAUUCUGUCGAAGUUUGUAAAAUAAAAAAAUUUGUUUCAUUUGCAGAAUCAGAAGAUAUUUCAAAAAAAGAAGAAAAUUCGAUAAAAGAAAAAGACAACGAAAGUAUGGUAGAUAUGGAAGAAGAUUUUUUUCGGAUAGAGUUCAGUCAUUCUGAAAAUAAUUUGGUUUUAAAAUCGAAAGGAAAUUUAAUAGAAACUCCAGCAGAUAUUUAUAGAAUAUUUUCAAAACCUAAAUCUAUUUUGAAAAGAUCAUUAAAUGAUAUGAAUCCAGAACAAUUUGUUACACCUAAGUAUAGUACAGAAGAAGAAGAAGAAGAAGAAGAAGAAGAAGAAGAAGGAGAAGAAGAAGAAACUAUUCAAUCUUCAGCUUACGAAAUUGUGGUAAAAGAUAUUAAAGAAAGAAGUAUAACAGAAGUAACAAAUGAAAUUUCGAGAAAGAAAGAAGAAGAUAAAAAUAUCCGGCCAAUUAGUAAAUUUAAAAGAGAGAUUUGUUUAUGGCAAUUAUGA